GUGUCAAAGGUAGAGCCUGCUGUCAUCAUCAUGAUAUUAGAGGUCUGUUCAUCUCUGUUCUGCUGGCCUGGCUCAUUGUUCACCUACCAGACAUGGCUUCAGCUGCUGGCGGUUCUACUGGUGGGCAUCGGCCCGCUCUCACGGGCCCAGCAGGGCGCCCAGCCUCAGUCCAUCAAAAUCGAGGGCGACAUCACCCUCGGCGGGCUCUUCCCCUUGCACUCUCGAGGGCCCGCUGGUGUCCCCUGUGGCGAGAUCAAGAGGGAAAAGGGGAUCCAUCGACUGGAGGCCAUGCUGUACGCCUUGGACCAGAUUAACAGCGACCCCGACCUGCUGCCCAACAUCACUCUAGGAGCACGAAUCCUGGACACCUGCUCCCGAGACACCUACGCCCUGGAGCAGUCGCUCACCUUCGUCCAGGCCCUCAUCCAGAAGGACAACUCGGACGUGCGCUGCUCAAACGGAGAGCCCCCCAUCAUCCCCAAACCAGAGAGGGUGGUUGGAGUGAUCGGGGCCUCUGGCAGCUCCGUGUCCAUCAUGGUGGCCAACGUGCUCAGACUGUUUUCGAUCCCCCAGAUCAGCUACGCCUCCACUGCCCCGGAGCUGAGCGACAACAGCCGCUACGAGUUCUUCUCCCGUGUGGUGCCCCCCGACUCCUACCAGGCCCAGGCCAUGCUGGACAUAGUCAAGGCCAUGGGGUGGAACUACGUCUCCACGCUGGCAUCCGAGGGCAACUACGGCGAGAGCGGKGUAGACGCCUUCGUUCAGAUAUCCAGAGAAGCAGGAGGACUGUGUAUUGCACAGUCUAUAAAGAUUCCCAGAGAACCCAGACCAGGAGAGUUUGACAAAAUUGUCAAGAGACUAAUGGAGACAUCUAACGCUCGAGGAGUUAUUAUCUUUGCUAACGAGGAUGAUAUCAAACGGGUCUUGCAGUCAGCCAAAAGAGCCAACUUGACAGGCCACUUCCUCUUUGUUGGAUCUGACAGCUGGGGGGCCAAAAGCUCCCCCAUAGAAGACCAGGAAGAGGUGGCUGAGGGCGCUGUCACUAUCCUGCCCAAAAGAGCCUCUAUUGAUGGGUUUGACGAGUACUUCACUUCGAGGUCCCUGGAAAACAACAGAAGAAACAUCUGGUUUGCAGAAUUCUGGGAGGAUGACUUCAAGUGCAAACUGACUCGACCAGGCAUAAAGUACGACCCAGACAGGAGGAAAUGUACAGGCGAAGAACGAAUCAGUCGAGACUCUCAGUACGAACAGGAGGGCAAGGUGCAGUUUGUGAUCGACGCUGUGUACGCCAUGGCCCACGCUCUGCACAGCAUGCACCUGGACCUCUGUCCGGGCUUCAUGGGCGUCUGCGAGAAGAUGGACCCUGUGGAGGGACGGAUGCUCCUCCAGUACAUCCGCUCGGUCAACUUCAACGGCAGCGCAGGAACUGCAGUGAUGUUCAACGAGAAUGGAGACGCUCCUGGCCGGUACGARAUCUUCCAGUACCAGAUGUCCAACGUCAGCAACCCCGGCUACAGAGUUAUUGGCCAGUGGACGAACCAUCUGCGACUCAAUCUGGAAGAGAUGCAGUGGUCAGGAGGUGACCUUAGGAUCCCAGAGUCAGUGUGUAGUUUCCCCUGUGAGCCCGGUGAGKGGAAGAAGAUGGUGAAGGGUGUGCCCUGCUGCUGGCACUGUGAGCUCUGUGACGGCUACCAGUACUUGUUUGAUGAAUUCACCUGUGACAUGUGUCCGUUUGACAUGAGGCCCUUCAAGAACCGCACAGGUUGUCGGCCCACGCCCAUCAUCAAACUGGAGUGGAGCUCUCCCUGGGCCAUCAUUCCCGUCUUCCUGGCAAUACUGGGAAUCCUGGCCACCACUGGAGUCAUCGCCACCUUCGUCCGGUUCAACGACACGCCCAUUGUUCGAGCGUCCGGACGAGAGCUCAGCUACGUGCUGCUGACGGGCAUCUUCCUCAUCUACCUCAUCACCUUCCUCAUGAUUGCAGAGCCCAGCGUGGUGGUGUGCGCCUUCCGCAGGCUGCUGCUGGGGCUCGGCAUGUGCAUUAGCUAUUCCGCCAUGCUCACYAAGACCAACCGGAUCUACCGCAUCUUUGAACAGGGCAAGAAGUCGGUCACACCUCCCAAAUUUAURAGCCCCACCUCUCAGCUGAUUAUCACGUUCAUACUCAUCUCAGUCCAGUUACUGGGGGUGUUCGUUUGGUUUGGCGUGGAGCCCCCUCACACCACCAUUGACUACGAGGAGCUGAAGCCUCCUAAUCCGGAAUUUGCCCGUGGAAUCCUGAAGUGCGACAUGUCUGACCUGUCACUCAUACUGUGUCUGAGCUACAGUUUAGUGCUUAUGAUCACCUGCACUGUCUACGCUAUAAAGAGCAGAGGAGUUCCUGAGACCUUCAACGAGGCCAAGCCCAUUGGCUUCACCAUGUACACCACCUGCAUCAUCUGGCUGGCCUUUGUGCCAAUUUUCUUUGGAACAGCACAGUCCACUGAGAAGAUGUUCAUCCAGACCACCACUCUGACCGUCUCCAUGAGCCUGAGCGCCACCGUGUCCCUGGGCAUGCUCUACAUCCCCAAGGUCUACGUCAUUGUCUUCCACCCGGAGCAGAACGUCCAGAAGAGAAAGCGCAGCUUCAAAGCAGUGGUGCAGGCGGCCACCGUGUCCACACGCCUGUCCCAGAAGUCCAGUGACAGYCAGAACGGAGAGUCCAAGGCGGAGGUCGACCGGUCUAAGUGACGGGAUGCAAAAAAAUGAGCGAGAAAUCAGCGUUUGACUUUAAAGUUUCUAACCUCAAAUUACAGCUGAAACACCAGCAUGUACAGGGGUGGAUGAGGCUGGCGUUCACUUAUUUAAAUCUUCUCAACAGGACUUUGUAACACACACAUACACGGGGACUGCAAUAAGUGAGCUGAGCCAUUUUGAAUAAAAAGAAGCUUCUUCUUCUUUUUUAGUAACAUCCACAUAGACACCUCAAGUCAACCGAGACGUACUGCUAGUUUUUACUUUCCUUUUUUCAGUGAAGUUUAAUUGGUGACCCUUGCCCUUCAGGAAGUUGUACAGGGGUUAGACAAUGAAACAGAAACACCUGGUUUUAGACCAUAACAUCCCUUUCYGACAGCUUCCUGUUGC